CCCUUGUCUAAAGGCACAGAUGGUAUGCUCGUUAAAUUUGCAGAUGACAUAAGUUGAGAGGUACACAAGUCAGUAAGUAACCCAAUGUGGCAAAGUCACCACUAACGCUCCUUUUUCCAUUGGUACACACAUACACACACACACGUACGUACAUACAUACAUACAUACCACGCACUGUAGCCAGCCCAGCCUUGACCCUGGAUUGUUGCGUAAGUAACCAGGAAGAAGGAUUACGAGGCAGUCAUCAGUUGACUGGCCUUGUCUCUCUCAGCGUAUCCCGGGAGGCGUCUUCUUAAACCACCUCUGGCUUUGUCUUCAAGGCUCCUCAAGCCUUCCCCUGCUCUUGCUUCUUGCUUCUGGCUUCUCAUGGGCACCCCUGUGACUAGGGCCGGGCUCCUCUUGGCCUUCCAGCUAACGCUCCUGGACCCGGCUGGCUGCCUACAGCACCGUCCUGGCUGGCGCUUCUCCUCUUACGAAGUGGUGAUUCCCCGCCAGCUAAGCAGCCGGAGAGCCCUCCGAGGAUUCAGCGGCGCCCUUGCUCAAGUGCCCGGGCAGCUCUCCUACUCGCUGCGCUUUGGUGGCAAGAGGUACGUGAUCCAUAUGCGGGUCAAGAAGUUCCUGUUGCCCAGACACCUCCCUAUCCUGGUGGACGAUGAGCACGGAGCUCCCCAAGAGGAGUAUCCGUAUGUCCCGAAUGACUGUUACUACCAUGGCUACUUGGAAGGGAUCCCCGCGUCCAUGGCAGUCUUGAACACUUGCCAAGGGGGUCUCCGAGGGACUCUGCAUUUGGAUGACUUCACCUAUGAAAUCGAGCCUCUCCACAGUUCUUCCCAGUUUGAACAUGUAUUAUCCCAGCUGGUGCCAGAAGAAGGGGAGGCUGGGCAGAGUCUUUUUCGAUGCAGUGUAACCAAUGAGGAAAUGAAUGAACAGCUUUCCAACUCAAAGACUGGCAUUCUUCCUAGGGCAGGUCCGUUUAGCCACUGGUGGCCACAUAUCCGCUAUUUAAAAAUUGCAAUUUGCGUUAGCAGUUCUAGAGUGGAUACUCAUAACGGGAAUCUUACUAUUCAUAUUGACCAAAUGGUGACUUUGACUCAUAUAGUUGAUUCCAUUUAUAAGCAGUUUCGAGUUUUUACAAUCCUGGUUUUUCUGUAUCUUUGGCAAUAUUCUGAUAAAGUACCACUAAUAGGUUCUUCAUCUGAAAUAGCAGAACAUUAUGGAUUAUGGAAAAAUUUAGUGAUCUCUAACAGCUUUCCACAUGAUACUUCAGCCCUAGUUACUGGAAACAAGGCAGGGGAAACUGGUUAUGCUACUUUUCCAAACUCAAUAUGCAAUGGCAACUGGGCAGCAAUACUAUUGUGGUUUCAGGAUGAUAGGGUAUUUUAUUAUUCAGUGAUCUUGGCACAUUAUGUAGGUCACAACUUUGGCCUGCCUCAUGAUCAGGUUUACUGUCACUGCAUCCGAAGGUCACAUUGUCUCAUGGAGGACCAACCACUUUUUUCUGAUUCUCUCAGUAAUUGCAGUUAUGGGCAGUUUUUUGAUUUAGUUAAUUACUGGGAUCAAUGUUUAAACAGACUUCCAAACACCCAUGAUAAUUAUGCUUAUGCAUUUCGCCUUUGUGGUAACAAGAAAAUAGACUACACGGAACAGUGUGACUGUGGCUCAAUUAAGGAAUGUCUUGCUGAUCCAUGUUGUAGCACAAGGUGUGAGCUGACCCCUGGUUCUGCAUGUGCUUACGGAGCAUGCUGUGAUAAUUGUAACUUUAGUACUACGGGGCUACUUUGCAGACGUGCAGUGAACACCUGUGAUCUUCCAGAGUUCUGCAAUGGAACUGGAGCCUUCUGCCCUCUGGAUGUCUAUGUUCAAGAUGGAACACCAUGCACCCCAAAUGCCAUUUGCUUUAGAGGGAAUUGUACUGACCGACACAUACAAUGCAGAGAAACAUUUGGUCCUGCUGGAGUUGUAAAUGCUGAUAAGGCCUGCUACGAACAGUUGAAUAUAAAAGGAGAUAGAUUUGGAAACUGUGGAGCUGAGCCUGAAAAGAAAACUGAUUCUAAUGGAGAGAAGGUGAAAGAAAUAAAAUAUAUUACUGUGCCUUGUCGACAAUCAACUGUCUUAUGUGGAAGGCUGCAAUGUGAAGGUCUGAAGAUAGUGCCAAAAUUAGAUGAGCAUACUACAAUUCACCAAUUAGCAGUAAGGAAGGACGAGAAGGAAUAUUUCUGUUUUGGGACCGACUAUCACUUUGGGACAGGGUGGAUAGAUUUUGGAAUGGUGUGGGACGGGUCAAAGUGUACCAGUACCACAAUGUGCUUAAAUCGGAUGUGUGUUCCCAUAGCUCAGUUGAAUUUUGACUGUACCCCUUCAAAGUGUAACUAUAGAGGUGUUUGCAACAACAAUAGGAAUUGUCAUUGUCAGUUUGGCUGGGCCCCACCAUUUUGUACUCUAUUGGGUUAUGGUGGAAGCAAAGACAGUGGUCCUCCUGAAAAUGAUGACGCUGAUUAUAUCCUUUUUGUAAUUUUGCUUUUCAUCAUUGUCCGUGUUAUUUUAUUCAUAAUAUCAUUCAGCUUGGCAGUUGUAAUAUACAUCCGAAGAGGCAGGAGAAAUAUCGCCACACGUUAACACUAGGUAGGGUCUUUUUUUUUUCUAAGGCAGUCAACAACUUGAAAUACCCCACCCCC